CUUCAACGUCUCUUUACGUCUGACUCUGCCUCUCAGUUCUCACGCUACAGGGCAUUUCUCUCUCAACUCCUAUCAUCUCAUCAUCAUCCUAGAGCAGUGUAACUUUCUAUCUUUACCUUGAAAGUAUCUACGCACCUCUACAACAAUACUGUUCAAAUCUCUCUCCCAGGAUGCCUAUGAGCUGGAACGCGGAGGCAGAUGCGCGCCUCCUGGUCGCCAUCAUAGCUGUUGGUAACGUGAAGAUGGAUUAUGACAAGCUCUCGGAGUACAUGGGUGGCGAUUGUACCGUGUAUGCCAUUCAGCACCGGAUCAGAAAGCUCAAAGACAAAGCAAACGGAAAAGCAUCUGGUUCUACCCCGAACACUCCGUCCAAGCGUAAGAAGAGAAGCAACGCAAAGACAGACAACGACGAGGAGAGCGAAGCGGCCGAUCCCAUUACUCCGAAGAAGAUCAAGGCCGAGCCAAUCGAAGAAUACGAUAAUGUGACCAAUGAGACUAUCUAAGAGGUUCCUCGUUAUUGUCUCUGAGCAUGCACGUCUUCAUGCGCUAUGACUUGGGUUUCGUCGUGCGUUGUCAUGAGACAGGGUGUUGUUUUUAGGGGACAUGGAUUUGUAGCUCUGGUGACGGAACCUAUGUUCUGUCUGCGCAUGACCAUUUUUGAGCUCGAACCCCUGGAGAUUAGUCACUAUUUCUGUAUCCUGGUCGUUGGUCGUGAUGAAUUUUCCUAUGGGAGGUG